UAUUGGGAAGUUCCGCCUGUCGGGUCUGGGGUUUCUAUUUGAUCCAAUUAAACCCAAGCUAGAUAUCGCAGGGCUAAUCGCCUGACCAAUGCGGGGGCGUCAAUAUGUGCUCUGCCAGGUGGUCUUAGCUUUUUACGGGGACAUGGCCAGCAAGGUACACGUUCACCUGCACUUGCCACUAUCAAUUAAAGCACGGAAGCACCUAACACGCAUUCGGCUAUGUGCCUAACUCGGCGAUUACAUAAUAUUGAGCGAAUCCAAUUCAGCCUUUAUCGACUUAUCUCAUGAACCACGCGGCGGACCCUGAGUCUGACACACGUUGAUUGAACCUCACACCGUUGUCUCUCGCCAACCACGGGGAGCUUCGAAUUAACAGCAGAAGCUUCAUCAAGGUUCCUUUGAUCCAUCAUCGGAGAACCUCUACUUGUUCUUAUUUUCUUGUGUUAGAUUACUCCCGUCUCAAUUCAAUUGUGUUACUUCCUUAUCUCUCUUGCUGGCACAAGAACCCGUUCCGUAAUCCGUAGAACCUCGGCAGCCCAUCCACCCACCAUGGCGUCGAAGGCGCUCAUCCCCUUCCUGGUGGGCAUGAUGCUGCUCACCGGCGUCUGUAACACGCUGUUCACCAAGUACCAAGACAACCAAUGCGUGCGAAACUGCGACGACCCCGACCCCAAGAACCGGAAGACCUUCGAGCAGCCUGUGCUGCAGACGGCGCAGAUGUUCGUCGGCGAAGUCGGCUGUUGGCUCGUCGUCGGCAUCAUGGCCGCGUGGCAGAAGUACAAGAGCAGGUACAGUCCCAAGGCCGACGGGUACGAGGCCGUCGACUCCGCUGACGCGGAUAACGCCAACGACGACGCCGCAAGCAUCACCUCCGAACACCCUCUCGUCCAGCCCGCCUCCGCAGCCAAGCGUCGCGGCAACCCCGACGGCCUCCUCAGGGGCUUCGGCAUCCUGCUCCUCGCACUGCCGGCUAUCUGCGAUAUCCUCGGCACGACGCUGGUUAACGCCGGUCUGUUCAUGGUGGCUGCUUCGAUCUAUCAGAUGACGCGGGGUGCGCUCGUGCUGUUUGUCGGAUUGUUCAGUGUUGUUUUCUUGCAGCGCAAGCUGCACUUGUUCCAGUGGGUGUCGCUUAUCGGCGUCGUGGCUGGUGUCGCGCUCGUCGGACUCGCGGGUGUUAUUUGGCCCGAUACCAAGAACGCGCUUAAGCAGGCUGCCGACGAUGCUGCUUCCGUGGAUGCGUUGCGCGCCGCGCUCGGCGUUGUGCUCAUUGCCGGUGCGCAGAUCUUCACUGCGACUCAGUUCGUCCUCGAGGAGUUCUUGCUCGAGCGCUCUAGCAUCGAGGCUAUUGAGGUUGUCGGCUGGGAAGGCCUGUUCGGCUUGGCUGUUACCCUGAUCGGUAUGCUGGUGCUGCACUUAGUCGUUGGUAGGACCGAGGCUGGUCGCUAUGGCAUGUUCGAUAUGGUUGAGGGGUUCCGCCAGAUGGUGGAGUAUAAGGCUGUCUGGGCUUCUAGUCUUUUAACUAUGGUUUCCAUUGGUGGCUUCAACUUCUUCGGUCUCUCCGUUACUCGCAGCGUCAGUGCUACAGCCCGAUCCACUAUUGACAGCUGCCGUACCUUGUUCAUCUGGAUUGUCUCACUCGGUCUUGGAUGGGAAAGCUUCAAGGGACUGCAGGUUGUGGGAUUUGCCCUUUUGGUUUAUUUCACUUUCCUAUUCAAUGGUGUCGUCCAACCGCCGUUCAAGUUCCUGCAACCCGAUGAGGAAGUGGAAGAGCUACUUCCCGAAGAGCCCAUCGAGCACAACUAGGAAUUUGCGAUGGGUUGGUACUAUGUGGGCAUGUCCAGGGGUAUUCUGGGCGGGACCUGAUUAUGAGGCAACAUUGUGAGUGAGUGACUCGCUAUAGGGAAGGGUCUUGUUUGAAAGAGGUCUAUAACACUAUCUACACAUUACUGCAUUGGAGUGGCGUUUGCGGUACAAGUACGAGUAUGUUUUGUCGGUUAUUGCACUUGUAAUGCAUAUAUAUCUUAGUUGGGGGUCUUAUUUAGGUUGCUUUAGGAAUCAAAUUGUCAUAACGAACUCCUUGGGUUUAGAAAGAACUAUGCUUUUGCCGAAAGUUGGACUUGUGUACGAGUGCACAUAAGCCAUUCUAAACUAGUAUCUGAAUCUUCUCUAUAUCGUACCUACAUUCGUAGAGAUUGCUACCGAUCCAUCUCUCACGGUAGGCUCUAUAAUGUGCAAGAUUAACGUGGAUGUAUAUAUAUUCACCAUUCUAAAUACUUUCAAACCUACUACUAGCGUUUA